CGUGUCAGGCUGGACCAUGGGCCUGAAACCUAUGAUCGGAAUCGGAAUCGGAAUCCGACUCGAUCCCGGCUUGCGGCCCACGUCUCUUCCGAUCCGUCGAUCUGCUCCAUCUGUUCCGAGAGACUCGAUCGAGAGGCAGGGUAGAGCGAGGUCAGAGCAUCUCCAUCCAGAUCGAGGCGCCACCUGACGAAGAGGAAGCUGCAGCCGCAGGGGAACGGGAUGCUGAAGAAGACGAAGAGAUCGGAGGAGGGGUACGGGAUCCUCAAGGCGAAGAAGGAGGCGGUGGCGGCUGUUCGUUUCAAGCGUAUCCCGGGGGGGCCUGGAUAUCUGGAUGGAUCACUGGCUGGAGAUGAAGGCCAAGAUGGCGGCAGGGGAGGAGGAGGCGACGAAGACGAAGAAGAGGAAGAGGGUGGUCAAGCGAAGGGUGCCCAAGGCGCCCAUCGACCACAUGGUGGCUUGGCCGUUCGGGAGCGGCAACUAUCUCACUCCUGCUCAGCUGGCAAAGCGUUCUCCCGAAUGCCGUCAAUACUAUGCCCUCUCAACUUUUAUCGAUGCCAAGCUCCGUGCCUACGAGCAGGCCCUCAUCCGCCAGUACAAUGCCCUGGGCUAUGCGGAGGAUGAAAUUGAGGUCACUAACUCUGAUAGCGAGGAGGAUGCCACUGUGGUGCAGAACUAGGAAAGCAAGCAAGAUCUGUGAUCUGUAGAGUUAGGAGUGCUGUGAUGUACUACUGGUGGUGAUUGUAUUCUCGAUCGUGUUAUUUAACCAGCUACUAUAUUAUUAGCAAUUGGUUUGCAAACAUCCAUUGGAUGCGUUUCUAUGGAUUGUGUUCAGUUUUGUCAGAUAACACCACUGGUUCCAUU